CGGGAUUGAAGAUUGAAAUCUCGUCCCGGAAACCCAGAAACUGAAUACGAGAAAUCACAAGAAGAGUGAGGUGGAGCGGUGUGCGUGCUGAAGAAAUCUACUAAACACUCAAAUAAAGAAAUAAAGAAAGAAAAGUCUGGAUUUCAAUCGACGCAGGGGCUUCCGAGACACAAAGGGAGGACUCGAGAGAAAAACGAGACGCUGUUGAUUGCUGGACGCGGUGUCACCUGGAAGAUUUUUAGUUUUGUAUUUUAUUUUUUAAAAGGAGGUAAUGGCUUCUCAGAACAUGGACCCCGCUGCCAAUUCAUCCAACGCCGCCAGGAAAGGCACCGAGACCGGCAGCAGCGCGGCGAGAGGGUCGGUGACGAAACGGCUACAGCAAGAGCUGAUGACUCUGAUGAUGUCUGGAGACAAAGGGAUCUCUGCUUUCCCAGAGUCGGACAACCUCUUCAAGUGGAUUGGGACCAUAGAUGGAGCGAAAGAAACAGUGUAUGAAGGCCUGCGGUUCAAGCUCUCUCUGGAAUUCCCCAGCGGCUACCCCUUCAACGCCCCCACAGUGAAGUUCAUCACCCCCUGCUUUCACCCCAACGUGGACACGCAGGGCUUCAUCUGCCUGGACAUCCUGAAGGACAAGUGGUCCGCGCUGUACGAUGUGCGCUCCAUCCUGAUGUCCAUCCAGAGUCUCCUGGGAGAACCCAAUAACGAGAGUCCCUUGAAUGCUAAUGCUGCAGAGCUGUGGGCAGAUCAAGAAGCCUACAAGACCCAUUUGCAUGAACUGUAUGCUAUUCAAGAAAUGGAAAGGUGAAGCCAUCCAGCCUGCUGUCCUUUCUGUCUGCCUCUCCAAGUCUUAUUUACUGUCUCUCCUUCUCGUUCCUCUCUCUCCCAUCUUCCACUCCAAUUAUGUAAAUUCCCUACAAUGUAAAAUACCGUUUUUUUUUUUGUUUGUUUUUGUUUUUUUAGUUUUAAAUGCCUUGUGAAUAAAGAUGUUUCCUGUAAA